CAAAUAAUGGCAGCUGGAGACUCUCUACGUUAUCGUGCUCGUACUGCAGUACCUGCAGGUCGUCCGGAAACAUAUGGUUCCAGAACUAUGACAAUUCAUCCUGAAGAACUUGCUGAAGAAGUAGGGCCAGUUUCCUCAGAAGAAGAAAAUGAAUUAUCAACACAGCCUGUUGGAACUUUAAAACUUCGUGGUGAUGGUGAUGGUCAAUCUAGUGGCAGAAAAGUUAAAUGGGAUGAUACAGUUGUAGACAAUGAAGGUUUAGGAAGAAAGAAAUCAAAAAUUUGUUGUAUCUAUCAUAAACCUCGUGCGUUUGGUGAAUCCUCGGAUGAAGAUUCCAGUAGGGAUGAUUCUGACGAUUCGGAUCAUGGUCACGAUCAUGACCAUAAAAAUGGUCACCAUCCCGACAAAUGUUAUCGGAAUACUCCAAAUGCAUAUGAACGUCAACCACAAUACAAAAAUCGCCCACGACCACCAAUCCCAAAUCCAGAACCAAGAGAUAAUCCAACUUCUCCUUCAUCAUAAUAUUUAAAACAAAAGGCCCAUGAUUUUUUAAGUAUUAAAGAUAGAAUAUAAAUAGAAGUAAUGUCGUUUAUAAAAACAUUUUCUUUUUUAAUUUUGCUUGUAUGUAAAUUACAAAUCUUAUACGAACUUUAGUUAUAAUUUCAAUAAAGUGCAUAUUU